AGGAACUAUCCACCAACUCCAAUAUUGAAUAUCUAUCUCUACCUACAUUUAUUGACCCUCUCUAUAUAGAGGAACUAUCCACCAACUCCAAUAUUGAAUAUCUAUCUCUACCUGCAUUUAUUGAUCCUCUCUAUAUAGAGGAACUAUCCACCAACUCCAAUAUUGAAUAUUUAUCUCUACCUACAUUUAUUGACCCUCUCUAUAUAGAGGAACUAUCCACCAACUCCAAUAUUGAAUAUCUAUCUCUACCUACAUUUAUUGAUCCUCUCUAUAUAGAGGAACUAUCCACCAACUCCAAUAUUGAAUAUCUAUCUCUACCUACAUUUAUUGAUCCUCUCUAUAUAGAGGAACUAUCCACCAACUCCAAUAUUGAAUAUCUAUCUCUACCUACAUUUAUUGAUCCUCUCUAUAUAGAGGAACUAUCCACCAACUCCAAUAUUGAAUAUCUAUCUCUACCUACAUUUAUUGAUCCGCUCUAUAUAGAGGAACUAUCCACCAACUCCAAUAUUGAAUAUCUAUCUCUACCUACAUUUAUUGAUCCUCUCUAUAUAGAGGAACUAUCCACCAACUCCAAUAUUGAAUAUCUAUCUCUACCUACAUUUAUUGACCCUCUCUAUAUAGAGGAACUAUCCACCAACUCCAAUAUUGAAUAUCUAUCUCUACCUACAUUUAUUGACCCUCUCUAUAUAGAGGAACUAUCCACCAACUCCAAUAUUGAAUAUCUAUCUCUACCUACAUUUAUUGAUCCUCUCUAUAUAGAGGAACUAUCCACCAACUCCAAUAUUGAAUAUCUAUCUCUACCUACAUUUAUUGAUCCUCUCUAUAUAGAGGAACUAUCCACCAACUCCAAUAUUGAAUAUCUAUCUCUACCUACAUUUAUUGACCCUCUCUAUAUAGAGGAACUAUCCACCAACUCCAAUAUUGAAUAUCUAUCUCUACCUACAUUUAUUGACCCUCUCUAUAUAGAGGAACUAUCCACCAACUCCAAUAUUGAAUAUCUAUCUCUACCUACAUUUAUUGACCCUCUCUAUAUAGAGGAACUAUCCACCAACUCCAAUAUUGAAUAUCUAUCUCUACCUACAUUUAUUGAUCCGCUCUAUAUAGAGGAACUAUCCACACACUAUGUCAAGCUAGAUGUUUGA